CGUCACUAAAUUAAGGCGCGAAAAGUCUUAACUAUAGUCCGCGAGGUCGUUUUACCUGGAGUACUGCAAUUUAUCUGCUGUGAAUGAAUUAGCCGGAUAGAGUUAGUCCUUCCAGACAGUAUAGGACAGUUUAUUUCUUCAGUAUUUUGGAAAAAUGAUUGGACAGAAAACUAUUAACUCCUUUUUCUCGCCGGUUUCAAAAAAGAGGUUGUCUCAGGAGACGAAUAAAACAACGGAGGAUGAUAUUGAGCCAAAGAAACCGAAGAUCGCUGCAGUGGACCCAGAACCGCAAAGUUCUCCUCUGUCUCCGGAGCAACUGGACAAGAUUGCCCGCAACAAGAAAGCCGCGCUGGAGAAGCUCGCUUCCGGGCUGACGCCGCAGGGGUUCAGCGAGAGCUGGCGCAGGGAACUCUGGUCUGAGUUUUCCAAACCAUAUUUUAAAGAUCUGACAAAGUUUGUUUCUGACGAGAGGAAGCGCGGUACUGUGUACCCACCUGCCGAACAGAUCUUCACCUGGACCCAGAUGUGUGACAUCAGAGACGUCAAGGUGGUGAUUCUGGGACAGGAUCCGUAUCACGGUCCAGGUCAAGCGCAUGGAUUGUGUUUCAGCGUGAAACGACCCAUUUCUCCUCCACCCAGCUUGGAGAACAUGUACAAAGAACUGGUUUCUGAUAUUGAAGGCUUUAAGCAUCCUGGUCAUGGAGAUCUCACUGGAUGGGCUCAACAGGGUGUGCUCUUGCUGAACGCUGUGCUGACCGUUCGAGCACACCAGGCAAACUCCCACAAAGACAAAGGUUGGGAGGUCUUUACUGAUGCUGUGGUUCAGUGGCUCAGCAACAACCUACAAGGCCUAGUCUUCCUCCUCUGGGGAUCAUAUGCUCAGAAGAAAGGAUCUGCCAUCAAUAGGAAACAUCACCACGUGCUGCAGGCGGUGCAUCCUUCUCCCCUGUCAGCACAUCGAGGAUUUUUUGGUUGCAAACACUUUUCAAAGGCCAAUGAGCUGCUAAAGAAAUCUGGAAAGUCUCCCAUUGAUUGGAAAGCACUUUAACUUCACGUGUUUGAUAGAUCUUCCAACAUGUGUUCCUUAACUCUAGACCAAAACCCACUCAUAAGCUUUUACUUUCUCUUCCUGAAACAGUUUAUACUUGUAAGUUUGCCUUUUUUCUUUUAACUACUUAUUCUAAUAGGCAGUUUUUGUAAGAUGCCUUUUCACCAUCUUGGCCGUCAGAUCUGGAUGGUAGCUGUUGUUGUGCGACUUGUCAUGAGUGUUGUGCAGAUAUAGCAUUAAAUAUAUCUGUAUGUUAUUAGCUUUUAGUUUAUGCAAUAAAGUUUAUUGUCUUAUCAAUUCAA